CACACGAAACACGGUCGGGAAUUCAGAACUCUGCGACAAUUCGACAAACCAGAAAAGAGUUCGGAGAUCGUCGAGUACUGUACUAUGAUCCUACGAUUCUCUCCGCUCAAACUUUUAAGAUUCUCUGGAAGAUGUUAAGGAGCUGCUGGCAUUCCGUAAGCAGGCUACCAAUCUGGCAGCUGAGAACAAAUCUUUCGUCCUUUUCAUUUUCAUUUUCAUCUUCUUCAAAGCCCAAUUUGAAAAACUACUACCUGAGAAAAAGAAGAAAAUGGCCAAGAUCGCCGUACAAAACCAAGUGGCACGAGAGCUUCGGUCAUCAGCUAGCUAUGCAGAGCAUGAUAGAAAGGGUUUUAAAGUCGCCGGGACCCACGAAUCCUUUAUCGGCCCUCAUCGAUUCAUUCGCGGACUACCAAUGCGACCCCACUCCAAGUGCUUACCAAUUCGUAAUCAAGGAAAUUACCAGGAACCCCUGUACCUAUGAUUUGAUCCCUAAAGUUCUCGAUCAUUUGCAGAAAGUCGACAACUUUGAGAUACCCGAGGGGGUUUUUGUUUAUCUCAUCAAGUUUUAUGGUGAUAUUGGUGAAUUGGAAUGUGCGGUUGAGGUGUUCUUGAGGAUUCCGAGGUUUAGAUGUGCCCCAACUAUGAAGUCUUUGAAUGCUCUGCUCUCUGUUCUUUGUAAGAGUGAAUGGGGUCUUAGGAAUGUGCCUGAAAUAUUGAAUAAGAGUCAGUUGAUGAAUAUCCAGAUAAAUGGGUCGAGUUUUGGGUUGUUGAUUAGGGCUCUUUGUAAGAUUGGGAAGGUUAAUUAUGCGGUUGAGAUGUUGAAUUGCAUGGUGGAUUCUGGGUUUGAUUUAGAUGGGAAGGUCUGUUCUUUGGUAUUAUCAACAAUGUGUGAGCAAAAGGGUAGUGAUGAGUUUGACAUUGUGGGUUUCUUGGAAGAAACAAGGAAGUUAGGGUUUAGCCCAAGAAGAUUGGAUUUUUACAAUGUGAUGAGGUUUCUGGUGAUAAAGGGAAAAGGAAAAGAAGCUGCAAAGGUCUUGAAGAAGAUGCGAAUGGAUGGGAUUUCGCCUGAUAUCGAAUGCUAUGAUUUGGUUUUGGAAGGGGUGGUCUUGGAAGGCGAGUUUGAGAAGGCAGAUAAGGUGUUUGAUGAAUUGCUUGUGUUGGGUUUGGUUCCAACGGUUUUUACUUACAAUCGCUAUAUAAAUGGGUUGUGCAAGCAGAAUAAGGUAGACGAGGCAAUAAAGAUGCUUGCUUCCAUGGAAGAGCUGGGAUGCAGGCCAGAUGUAAUCACUUACAAUACUGUCUUGGAGGCCUUGUGUGGGAACGGGAUGUUAUCUGCAGCGAGGGAGGUCGUUGGACAAAUGAAACUCAAGGGCGUGCAAAUGAAUUGCCAGACUUACGAGUUUCAAAUCAACAAUUUCAUUAGAAACGGUGAAAUUGAUGAAGCUUGUGAGUUGUUACAUGAUAUGUUGAACAACGGUUUUGUUCCUCAAUCUACCACAUUUGAGGGGCUAUUACGAGAUCUUUGCCAUACAAGUUUACAAUGCAGCAGUUUGUCAGAUUUGGUUUAUGCAAAUUCAUGAACCCGCAACCCCUAAUUAGUGGCAUUAGAGUUAUCAGAUGGUCCUUAUCUAAUCAGAUCUUUUCCUCCUUGAACCAAACCUAAAGAGGUCGAAUUAACAGGUGAAACCUUGUCUGGCUCGGUUUAGUCAAUGUGUGCUUCUCUCUUUUAAAUUGUUCUUGACUUCUUGCACUUGCAUAACUAUACAAUCAACUAAAGCAUAUGGAUAUGUUUUCAAGCCCAGAAAAUUGCGGUACAUGUGCCCAAAUCGUUUUAAAACUAGUGCGCCAAUCACCAUCAACAUACCAGGAAGACAGACAAGAACCAUGAUUUUGCCUUCUCAACCUCCACGGACUUGAUGUAUGCGUGAGGUUUUAUGAGCUGUGUCUCAUCCUAGCAUUUGUCGCGAGUGUAAUUAUUCAGCCACUUUAUUGGACAAUUGAUGUACUAACUACCAAUUUUAAGUAGAGUGGCUGGCUAAUCACUGGUUUAAUUAUCAUGUUCUCUUGAUGUGAUGUGACAGAACAUAGGCCAUAGUACAGAGAGUCAGAAGAUACAUUCUCCACCAUGAUACAUCCAAAAGCGCGAGAAAUUCAGGGAAUAUUUUUGGUUUCUUAUCAUUCAUAAGCUUCCAAGACAUGAAAUUCUCAUUUCUCAGUGAGUCAGAAGAUGAGAGCUUCAUUGCUUCAAGCAUUUAUUCUCAAGUCUCAACUACUAGCUAUAGCUAAGGAAUGUGACAUAUUUGUACAUGUUAGCCAUAGGGUCAACUAAUCUUUCAUAUCACUUUCUUCUCAUAUUGACCUCUGAGAACAACAUUUAGGAUGUCAUUAGCAUGGGUUCCUACUAAUUUAAUUUAUGAACUGUGUGCUAAACGUGUUCAUUUCUUACUGCUGUAAGUCACUUCUCCAAGUAUAAGUAUUUCCUUUCUUGAAAUGCAAUAGUUAAUAGUGCUGACAUUAUAGCAUUGCAAAAA